AUGGAGGGGGUAUGGAGAGAACCGGUAUCUGGGACUGGUUUAGUAUGCUUGGCGGCAAAAUUGAAGAAGCUAAAGCUAGUGCUUAGGAAGUGGAAUCAGGAGGUUUUUGGCCUAGUAAACCAGUCGAUUAAGGAGUUAGAGGCAAAAGUGAAACUUUUGGAGAUGCGAUUGCAAGAGGGGCAUGUAGCAGAAUUAGAGCAUGAGUAUUUGCAGACAAAAGCCGAAUUAGAGAGGUGGGAAAACAAGGAAGAGAUCCGGCUAUCUCAGCAGGCCAAAAAGAGAUGGCUCACGGAUGGUGACCGUAAUUCCAAGUCUUAUCAUGCCGUGGUCAACAAACGUAGGAAGGCUUCUGCAGUUUCAAGAAUGACUCUACCAAAUGUUCUGGAGUCUCGGGAGGAUAUUCAUAAUGCAGCAGUGAGUCACUUUCAAAAUUUCCUCACCGGGGAGGGGCCUAUGGAAGUACUAGAUUUAAGUAGUUUAAUAUCACCGGUGGUGUUUGAGGAGGAAAACCAAGAGAUUAUUAAAGAGCCUUCGGAAGACGAGGUUUGGGCGGCUUUGAAGUUUAUUCCUAAGCUAAGUAGCCCCGGGCUAGAUGGUUUUGGGUCUGAAUUUUAUUUGCAGUGCUGGCCUAUUAUUAAAUGGGAUGUCUUAGAAGCUGCACCGGAUUUUUUUCGAGGUACGGGGUUGCCUAGAUUUUAUUCAACUUCUUACAUAGUUCUUAUUCCUAAAGUGCAGGACCCUUAUAAUUUUGAUAUGUUUCGACCGAUUAGCUUGUGCAAUGUGAUAUACAAAAUGUUCUCGAAAAUUCUUGUGAAUCGGUUGGCGAGUGUGCUUCCUCGGAUGAUUUCUUGGGAGCAAGGUGCGUUUGUGCCGGGGCGGAGUAUUUUUGAGAACAUAACCCUUGCUCAAGAAAUGGUACAUGCUCUCCAUCGUAAGACAAAGGGAGGAAAUGUUAUGCUGAAAAUAGAUAUGGCGAAAGCUUAUGAUAGAGUGGAUUGGAUUUUUUUGAGUAAGGUCUUAAGAAGUUUUGGUUUUGCCGAUCGAGCUUGUGGCUUGGUAGAAAAGUGCAUAAAUUCUCCUUGGUUCUCGAUUAUGAUGAACGGCACGUAUAAGGGUUUUUUCAAGCCUACAAGAGGGUUGCACCAAGGGGAUCCCCUCUCGCCUUAUUUAUUUAUUAUUAUGCAGGAAGUUCUUACUAGAAUGCUGAAGGACAAUUUUAAUCAAGGAAGACUAGCGCCAUUUUAUAUCCUGAGAGGUGCACCUUUGGUCUCGCAUCUACUCUAUGCGGAUGAUCUUCUUAUUUUUGCAAAUGGGGGGAACAAGUCAGUUAGAGUGAUCAUCCGAACUCUGGAACAAUAUGCUCAAUGGUCUAGUCAAGCCAUUAAUAAAGAGAAAUCAACUCUCUUUAUGUCAAAGCAGAUUCCAUAUGAUCGAAGGUGUGGCCUAUUGAAUAAUAUAGGCUUCACGGAGGGGUCUUUUCCAACAAUUUAUCUGGGAGUUCCUUUGGUAACUGGACGUCUUAAUGCUAGACACUUGGAGCCACUGGUGAACAAAGGGACACAUUACAAAAAGCCGAAGAGGAGAUGGGUCUCCUGGUCGUCCAUCUGCAAGCCAACAAAUGAGGGGGGCUUAGGCAUACGGGAUUUCAAUGAAAUGCAGAGAGGAAUGCGUAUGAAUGUUCAAGUCCAAGAUAUAGUCAAUCCAUUGGUUAAAGUGAAGGAUUUAUGGAUCGGCAAUGAGUGGGAUGGAAAUGCUCUUAGAGAAUUGGUUGGAGAAAAUAGAGCAUGGGAGAUCAUGCGAUCGGUGAUGGCUGGGAAGGAAGGGUCUGAUGUAUAUAUUUGGGAACUGAAUAAACAUGGUAAUUUUACAACAGCAUCAGCUUGGAAUAUUAUAAGAGUAAGAAGAGACGAGCUCCCUUGGAAGGGGUGGUUUUGGCAUAAUAUGCUCCCUAGACGUGUGGUGGUCUGUGUUUGGAAGGCCUGGUUUCGAAGCUUACCGGUUGACAUGCGUAUAACGGAUAUGGGCAUAGCUCUUGUGUCCCGAUGCGACUGCUAUGCUAGUGGUAGUUUGGAAGCGCUUGAUCAUGUUUUAAGUUCAGGGAAGGUUGCAAGGGCAGUCUGGGAGAAAGCAGCAGUGAUGCUAGGUGUUCGGUGCAUGGGUUUCAGCAGCUGGCGUGCUCGGAUUUCUGCAUGGUUCUGCUGUGCAAAGAGGUGCUUUCAACGUGGGAUUCUGGUAGGCUUACUUCCAAGCCUUAUUACAUGGCGUAUGUGGCUUCGUAGGUGCAAAGCCCGUAUGGAGGCUACGUAUGAAUCACCGGAGCCUGUGUGGAUUUCGAUAAAAUUCUGGUUGUCCCAAGUUUCAGAUAACAUCACCAAGUGUAGCAGGUUAUUAGAAUCAAUUAAUGUGCCUAUUAAGCAAGUUGUUAACCGAAAUAUUAGGGUGGUCAAAUGGUUGAAACCAAAGCUGGGAUGGGUAAAACUUAAUGUGGAUGGGAGUUGUAGGGGUAACCCGGGGACUUGUGGUGGAGGUGGAGUGAUUAGAGAUCAUCAAGGCAUAGUCAAAGCGGCUUUCUCAGAAUUUUUUGGGUUUGGUACAAAUAAUGCUGCGGAAAUGAGAGCUCUGUCACGAGGUCUUAGAAUGUGCAAAGAGCAUGGCUUUUAUCAGGUGGAAGUUGAAUGCGAUUCGUCCUUGUUAGUGCAUUGGGUAGUUACAAAGGCUUGUAAUGUGUGGUACUUAUGGGAUUUUUGGGAGUAG